CAGCGGCGUCAUUUUGAGUAAACGCUCAAAAUUGUGAUAAGCCUCAUCUAUUCACCUGCAUAUUAUCUGUGUUACUCAUCAUCAUCACCAUCAUCAUCAUCAUCCUAUUCAUUUCUUUGCAAAUAUUAAAACGUACGUAGACCCAAGACGCCAAAAGAAAUAUUCCUUCCACACCAAAGCCAUGCCUGAAGCCUUGUUGACCCGUGUGAUGUCCAGUUCAAAACCAAUCGGAAGCGAUCAUAGACUUCAUUAAACGAGGCAGAAUGGCAGCUGUUGCAGGAGACCUCAGCAAACAGAUCUUGGGUCAAUCGGAUGCGGCCAAGACGUUCCGCCCUUGGUGGGACAACCUCGAGGAUGGGAUCCUUUACUCACUUGUUGUCAUGGGGAUGAUAACUUUACCCAUGACGUUUCUAACGGGCACGCCAUUAGAUUGUACAAUUCAUCCAUCCUUAUGGUUUAACAACUUCACAGAUCAUCCCUUUGGGCCUGAAGAAGUGGUGAGAUCCCUGUUUACCAAAAUUCUCAUAAAUGCCAACAAAUUGCCGAUUACUAACCUAACUCCCAUCACAUUAAAGCCAAAGUAUUCCAGAUAUAUGCGAACUUACUCCAAAAAGUAUUGUACUGAGAUGCAUGUCUCUCCAUUUUUACUGUAUUUCCCAUUUACAUUGUUCCUCAUUCCGCUCGUCAUAGUCUUUAUCGAAAAAUGUUUUAUCGCAGCUUACAAUGCGGACACUAAGCUCGAGACAUUUUACGACUGCCUGAUUAAGGCCUCUUUAGAGCGGGAGGAUGUGGCAAUGUUGGAGGAAGAAAAUAUCAAAAACACAUAUGAGAUUCAACAAGCUUUCCGAAAUAGCUCAGCCUGUUACUACUCGUAUUUGUAUCGAACGAUUCUGGAGCUUAUUUGCAGCUUGGGCUUGGCCAUCUUCUAUUUCUCAUUCAGUCAGAUUGACGGUAUUCGAACGGCCCUCUUCGAUUGCAGCGUGCACAGUGUGCCAUUCCGAUGUGUUAUCCCCAAUAGUAGAUUCUUUUGGAUGACCUACUUUCUGGCCAUGACCAUGAUCAGUUUCUACAUAGCGUGCACGCUGUACAACCUAUUGUGGAUCGUGCAUCCUAAAGUUGGCAAGCUAGAUCGUUUCCUAACGGGUUGCAAUCGGCAGAAGAGUCGCCACGUGGACCGAUUGGCAUGCGACGUCGGCAAGAAGGACGUUCCUCUGGUCCAUUUGGAUAUGUAUUUCGAUCCCAAAGGGCGAGACUUUCGCCUUCUCAUGAAUCUCUUAUCCGAAACAUCCGGAAUGGCUCAAUCCUUCCGGAUCCUGGCCGUGUUUGACAAGCACUUCCAACGCCAAUGGCGAGCUCGCGAUAUCAAACUCAUUAUUGAAGAGCCUCGAGGAGCAAUAUUUCAGAAGGAACGAGAGCAACGUCUGGAUAUUAGCUCGGCUUUGAGCACGUCCCUUCACCAAUCUCUACUCAUCAAAGAAGACUCGGAUUCGGACACUGACAAUGAAACACGAGAGAGGCAUAAGAGUUUGUGGGUGUUCUGGAAUGACGCCACCAUCGCUCAUUACGUGAACAGAGUGACGAAUCGGAAUAUCUUUGAAUACACCGUGGAUAUCACACCUUGCACCGAGGCUCCAGUCAAGUCUUUUCAAUACCACACUGUGCCAGAUUUCACAGCUUCUGCCCAUCAUCGUGAGAUCAUGAUUGGCAAUGGGGUUGAAACGGGAGCCGCCAGUGGAACUGCUUACAAAUAUUCGACUCGAUUUGAUGGUCUACUAGAAGACACGGACUACACUAUUGCCAUUUCGACUGAGUUGGAUGGCAAGACCAUUACUCAAGUCACUUUAGCGGCCGUGAAGACCAAGAAUGGGACUAAAACCAACACAGACAAGCUGAAAGACAAGAUGGUUAAAGGGGGUGGUGGAAAAGACAAUGGGAAGAACAAGAACAAGAAAAAAUAAGACAUCGCCGAUUGUGGCUGCAUUAUUAUUUCAUCACUUACAAAAAGUACGGAAAACGUGCCUGGCGUUAAAGUGGCUUUUAUGUAGUUUAACAAUAGUCUGGUCGCCUAAAUUUCUUCUUGUUAUUUUUGGUCCUAGUUGCUGAUUUUUCAAAAAAAGGUGCUUGAAUUGAUUUUGAAGAAUUGGCAAUUAGCUCAUAUUUCCCUUGCUGCAGUCAAAUACAAUAUUAAGAGACAUUUUAAA